GUUUAAGCGGCGAGCGGUGAGCAUCUGGCUAAGAAAACGCUCCAAACGCGAUCCCUUUUUGUGUUGGCCAAGUUGUAAAGGACUUUGUUCCACGAGUGAUUCGGAAUUUGCAAAACCAGACCCUAAUCUGGUUGGACGCCAUAAAAUUUGGCCGCGUUGGCAAUUUGUGAUACGAAAAUCAACAACAACUUCCGCAUAGCAAUUCCAUAAUUCCCAAAAAUAUAUAUUCAAUAAUAAAAAUCAUUCCCAAAACAAGAAAAAGGAGAAUUUUUGGCGAGCAACAAUCGAAAUAAAAACAAUAAACGCAAAUUGAAUAGCGUAAGCCAUAAUUAUGACCAAAUGAGCCGCUUGGCCCACAGCAACAACAACAACAAAGUCUAAAAUACGAGGAAGAAACAACAAUAAAAACAACAACUACGAAAUGCGGCUUAUUAACAGGCGAUUAACAGCCACGCAGCUGUUAACAGCGAGCUUAGCAGUGCUGCUGCUACAGUUUGUGGGUCACGGCAGUGGAGCUCAAACUGUAAAUUCCUCAUCGGAAAAUACCAUUUGCCUGUACCAGGAACACAACACCACUUACCGUAAGGAGCUAGGAGCUGUAUGGUUUUCCGCCAAGGAUCCUUGUUUGGUUUACUCCUGUGCCGCAGGUGUGGCCAAGGAUCCUCAAGCUCACAUUGUGGUAACUCAGGUGGAUUGCAAUGAGUUUUACUGCGAAGUGGGUUCUGAGCUUCGCAGUGCUGAAGGCAGUUGCUGUGGGGAAUGUGUAAGGACUCACUGCCAGCAUAACCAUACCCUCUAUGCCGUGGGCGAGUCCUGGCACAAUGAUGCCGACUGCACACUCCUUGAGUGUGGUCGCCUGGAGAAUGGCCAGAUCAUCAUUAAUACCUACAAGAGAAGCUGCCAACCUUUGACAGAAGACUGUCCUGCUUCGAGACUGGAAACUAAGAAUUGCUGUCCCUACUGUAGACCCCUGAAAACUUCAAGGAUUGAAGUACUCCAGGAAGAUGAGAUUGAAAUCUCGGAUGAUAUAUGGACAGCUGAAUGGUAUCGUCAGCAUCCUUGCAACCGGGAUUGCCAAAUGGGAGCUGCGCCCAUGACUUGUCACUAUACCUUUGUGGUGGAAUGGUAUCAGACCUUCUCGAAGGCUUGCUAUGAUUGUCCUCGAAACCUCACCGAUUGCUCUCGGCCGCACUGCAUCAUGGGUGAUGGUUUGGAGAGGAGCAUCACUGUGGUGAAUCGCAUGAUGCCAGGACCUUCGAUCGAAGUCUGUGAAGGAGAUCAAAUUGUGGUGGAUGUGAAGAAUCAUCUGCUGGGUGAGAGUACCUCCAUCCAUUGGCAUGGUUUGCACCAGAAGAAGACACCUUACAUGGAUGGAGUGCCUCACAUUACCCAGUGUCCCAUAACCCCGCAUGCCAGCUUCAGAUACUCCUUUCCUGCUGAUCUCUCUGGCACUCACUUCUGGCACUCUCACACCGGAAUGCAACGUGGAGAUGGUGUCUUUGGAGCUCUGAUCAUUCGGAAACCAAAGAUAGCUGAGCCCCAUGGCAGUCUCUAUGACUUUGAUUUGAAUGAGCAUGUAAUGAUUGUCCAGGAUUGGAUACAUGAUACCGGAGCCAGCAUAUUCUCCUUCCAUCAUCACUCUCGGGGUGAUAAUAAGCCUCAUAAUCUGCUCAUCAAUGGAAGGGGACGUUAUUACAAUCGCAUUUGGGCCGAGGCCAAGCAGAUUCAUCGCAGAACUGAGGAGAGGACAACCCAGCCCCAGGAUCCUUUGCCCAAGUCACAGGUGGACUUUGUUCAGACUUUGCCCCGUCAAGCGCGUUUGGCCAAGAGCAACAGCACCAAGCUCUUCCCCGUACACUCUCGCCAGAAGAGGGGCAAUCUCAAGGAGAUUCCUCUGGAACUGGUCCCUCAUCAGGUUUAUAAUGUGCGAAGGGGUUUCCGUUAUCGCUUUAGGAUUAUAAAUGCAGAAUAUCUCAACUGUCCGAUUGUGGUUUCCGUGGAUGGUCACAACCUAACAGCAAUCAAUUCAGAUGGCUUUGAUAUCGAGGCCAUGGACGUGGGCUCUAUAGUAACCUAUGCCGGAGAGCGCUUUGAUUUUGUUCUAAAUGCCAACAUGGAUGUGGGAAACUAUUGGAUUCGUCUCAAGGGUUUAAUGGAUUGCAGUGAGGUCUUCACUUCCGCUUUUCAAGUGGCCAUUCUGCGAUAUGAAGGUGCUCCCGAUGAGGAACCCACGGCAGCUUUAAGUUAUGCCCACAAGGCUGAGGGGAUUGAGUUAAAUGUGAUGAAUCGAGGUCCUGGUUAUCCGGAUACCAAGACUGUGGCCGAAAUGAGGGCUUUGCCUAUAUACGAUCAUGUGUCGGGGAUUGAUCAUGAUACCCUUAAACCGGAAGCAGACUACAAGUUCUUUAUCUAUUAUGAUUUUUACACUAAGAACAAUCCUGAUUUUCAUGACAAGGACCUAUAUGCCAUGGAUAUGGAGAUGACUCAGCAGAAUCGACUUUAUACACCUCAAUUGAAUCAUAUAACCUUGAAGUUUCCUCCAAUGGCAUUGCUUCCUUCGAGAAGUCAAUUAAAGGACUCGGAUUUUUGCAAUGAAACAAGUCUGGCGGAUCAGGGAAUUGACUGUAGAACGGAGUUCUGCAAAUGUCAUCAUGUCCUUCAAGUUCCCCUGGGUGCAGUCGUGGAGUUAAUCAUUGUGGACGAGGGUUUCCAAUACUAUGCCAAUCAUCCUUUUCAUUUGCAUGGUAAUGCCUUCAGAGUCAUGGGAUUGGAGCGAUUGGGAGAUAAUGUAACCAUUGAAAUGAUCAAGCAACUGGAUCAAUUUAAUUUGCUGAAACGUAAUCUGGUGAAUCCUCCAGUAAAGGAUACAGUGACCGUACCAGAUGGUGGUUAUACCAUCAUCCGAUUUGAGGCAUCCAAUCCUGGCUAUUGGCUCUUUCAUUGUCACAUUGAAUUCCAUGCUGAGAUUGGCAUGGCUUUGGUCUUCAAAGUGGGGAAUGAUGAUCAAAUGGUUCCGGUUCCUGAAAAUUUCCCCACUUGUGGCGAUUAUAAUCCGGAUUUAAAAUCGGAUGGUGAAGCUACGGAAGAUAAUAGCAAACCCACAACUGGUAGUCCACAAAAUACUGGCGGUGGAGGAUCAGGAUUGGAAUUUAGUAUAAUAACUUUGAUUGUUAGUCUUUUGCUGUUGAAGUUCCAUUGAGGAGAAAGAGAGCAUAACACCGAAACUUGCCAAAUUAAGAACUUAGAGAUUAUUUAUUAAAGACAAGUGAAGAACCUGGAGAUAAUAUUGAUUUGACAAAGAAAUUAAUUAAUGUUCUCUUGCAUUUGUAUAUAUAUUCCAUAGCAUCAUUUGUAGCCUAAACAUCUGUGAUUGUCUGAAGAAAGCGUUAAAAGCUCUUUGAAACCAUAAUAAA